CCGCCUCAAAAAGUAAUGCAAAAAUGGUAAUGGUAUCAGAACGUGAACAGCUCGCCUGUCUUGUACAACAGUGGAAUGAGAAUCGUCUUGAUUUAUUUCAUCUCUCCUAUCCAACAGAAGAUCUUGAGGUCGAAGGUGUCAUGCGGUUCUAUUUUCAGGACGGCGGUGAAAAAGUGCUAACAAAAUGCGUCCGUGUCUCGUCAACAGCUACAACACGUGCAGUAGUUGAUGCACUUUCAGAGAAAUUUCUGCCAGAUCUUAAAAUGUUAUCAAAUGAUACAUAUUCACUGUGGGAAGUACAUGAAAAUGGAGAAGAACGGAAAUUAUUGGAUGAGGAAAAGCCAUUAGUUGUACAAUUACAAUGGCAUAAAGAUGAUCGAGAAGGACGCUUUUUGCUGAAAAAAGAUGCGGCGCCACCGGUUUCUCUUUUGAAUCUCCAAGAAGCCGAUCAGAAAAAUACCCGAUUCGCAAAAAAGAAGGAUAAAGAGCCGAAAAAGAAAAAUCAAAAAAAUUUUGUACAAGUAAACGGAGGACGAGAAGAAGCGCAAUCUCAAGAUGAUAUCUAUAAACAAGUACCAUUUAAUACAUUCACCCGAACUAUAUCUAAUCCAGAAGCUGUUAUGAGAAAACGGAGGGAAAAGAAAUUGGAGACGAAAUUGAAGGAAAUGAUGUUUGGCGGAAGUCUCAAAGUAUACGGUGGAGAAAUUGUGCCAACUCGUCCAUAUGUCUCAAUAUUGGCUGAAAUCAACGAAAAUGCUGAUAGAAUUUUGGGUGCUGCACUGGAAAAGUAUGGAUUGGAACAUUCGAAAGAUGAUUUUAUUCUUGUUGAGGUAUCCAACGACGAUGACCGCAAAAGUAUGUCAGACCUCCGUGAAAUCGACGGACGGCCCAUUCCACCAACAGAGUGCCCGCUUUUCGAGAUGACUGCUCGAAGUGGAAACGGCGAGAAUGGAUUCGAUUCGUUUUUGGCGAUCAAGCGGAAACCGCAUGAUUAUCAAGUCCCCUCCACCUCAGUUGUUGCUCCAUCAUCAGUCACCCUACCAAUGUCUCCAUUAACAUCACUUCCACCACAAAUUCACAAUCUUCCAGUGCUUAUUGUGAUGAAUAAUGAUGGUCACUUGUCAACACACCGAAUAACGUUACACGAGGGAGUAACAGAGGUUGGAAGUGACAGUCAAAUGUCCAAUUUCUCACAGCAUAAUAUUUAUCUCGAUGGUCCGGAUAUUCGUGGACGCCACGCGGCAAUCGCUUUCAUGGAAGGCGUCGUCACACUAACACCAUCCACUCGUGAUGCCUACCUAGAGGUGAACGGCCAUCAACUGAUGCAGACGGAGAUCCUCCGGGACGGUGAUCACAUUCGCAUCGGAGCCGAUCAUUCGUUCAAGUUUAGCACGUCGUCGUCACAAGCAAAUCAGAUUAACAGUACUAAUAUCAGCAACUCGAACCAACGACACUUCCAACAACAGACAUUUUAUCCGGAAAUGGCUGAUUCACGAGCUUCAACUGCCAGGUGUGCACCAUCGGAUUACUGUAGUCUACCACAACAGAACGAUUAUUAUCCGCCGAGCAUGUCCGGCUCAUCAGUCUCAUCAUCACGGCAGGAGGAUCUUAUGAUGCAUUCCAAUAAUAACAUCCUGCCACCGUACUCUACAAAAUCCGCGCAGGAACCCCUCCAACUGCCGCUCUCAAUUCAAAUCGGCGACUACAAUGUAUGGGAUUUCCUGGCCGAAGUGAUGUCGAAUCGUGCGGCAACCUCAUCGGAAAUGUCCACAUUCCGCCUAUCGCCUGCCUACUCUCUCUACCUGGCACUUCGAUCAUUCCACACACACAAUAAACCGUACUCUGUGCAAUUCUUCUCACGGAUCGAGUCGAAUUUCAAGCAAAUCGCUCAGGAAUGCUCGUCGAAGGAUGAUCUGAUCUUUUGGCUUGCCAACGCAUCGGAAUUCAAUCAUCUUGUCGAGCGGGACACUGAGCUGAAAGCGUCGAGAUAUGGCAAAAUAUCUGUGGAAAUUGAGAGAAUAUUCCGGCGAUUGGUUGCAGUGCUUCAAAGUGUCAUCCGUCCGGCGGCGCGGGCUCUGUUGGACAUUCAUCUGAAUGAUCACGACGCGACCGGCGAUGUGAUUCAUCUUCUCGACACCACGAUGCGCCAGGCGAGAAUUUGUGGUCUCAACGCGGCGCUCACAAUUCAACUGUGCGGGCAUCUCCUCCACAUGGUCAAUGCCUUUGUGUUCAACAGCUUGGUCUCAGUCAACCUUCCAGCUGCCCAGUUGAAUACUCGCCUCGGAAAGUGUCUUCAGUAUCGGAUAGAGUCGAUUCACAGAUUCUGCGAACGAAUGGGCGUCGAGAUGGCCGCCGAGUGCCAUUUGGAUAGAUCCCGUCAGGCCGCUAACCUUCUCGCCACGCAGAAGAAUGAUGUUGCCGCGUUGGGAUCGACGUGCUAUAAGCUGAACAGCCUCCAAGUGGUUCAUAUCCUGUCGGGAUUCGAACCAGACGACGGCGAGAUUCCAUGUGACGAUGACGUCGUUGAUCGGAUCUGUAGACUCGCUGAAAAACAGGCGGAUAAGCUGACGUUGGAGGAUGGGCAGCGCGUGACACUGGAGGAGUCCGACGAGCUGAACCUUCCGUUCCUGAUCCCUCAGGAUGGUUACUUUGUCGAGCAGUUCCGAACGGUGCCAGAUGGUCUUUGGCAGUACUUGCAGCAACUUCAGCAUAGGCGCCUCUGUCAUACGGUGUCGCUUACACCGGCACCGCCGGCUGCGAUGACCCAUUCGAUGCAUGCGAUGCAUAUUGGAGCAAGCGAUGCUCAUUAUCAUCAGCAUCAGCAUCAGCAGCAGCAGAACCCGAUUGUGAGAAGUGUGUCGCAGACUACACUGACCAGUAUUCCGACUACACAAUUUGGCGACAGUUUUGGAAGUGCCGUGUCGGAUACGAUAUCGAAGGUGACACUGCGGAAGAAUGGAGGAGGCAUCGGAUUGAGUAUUGUCGCUGCUCAGGGUGUUGGUGAUCGUCAAAUGGGAAUUUAUGUGAAGAAGGUUGUCGAAGGAACACCGGCUGCACACGAUGGACGACUCGAGACUGGUGAUCAGUUAUUGAGUGUUAACGGACAUUCGUUAAUUGGAAUUUCACAGGAAGACGCCGCCCGUCUCAUGACCCAAAGUGGAAACGAGGUGCAUUUCGACGUCCGGAAAAGAGCCGCUCACCGUAACGGGCUCAGCAAUUGGCUCGGAUCCCAAACACCGACAACUUCAAAUUUCAUUGCACCAUCUCCAUCUACAGUACCCCCGCCGAGUUAUUCACAUGUUGGACGGACUCCGUCUUAUGAUGGACAACCACCACCGAGUUAUAAUCACAGAAAUGGUGGAGCCAGCGGAGCAGGAGGAUCAUCUGGAAGAAAUAGUGCUUUCGUAGCACCACUUUCGAAUUCAUCAUCAAAUGCGUCGAGUAGUCAUAUGCAACAACACUAUGCUCAUCAUAAUAUGAUGCAUAAUGGCAAUUUGAGUGCUGCUCCGGGAGCUCCCGCGGGGGAUCCGAAACAUUAUCGAAGCUCGUCGGCUAGUGAUUUGCAGCACGAUCCAAACGCCUCAUUCUCUCAAUCAUCAAUGACUGGAAGUGCGAGAAGUUCAGUGUUUGACAAGCUUCCAUCUCACUACCGUCACUCGACACGGCCUACAGUAAUCCAGCCAACACGUCCAAGUGCUCAAUCUCCAUCGGCUCUUCGAAAAGCGGCCGCCGCCUCGCCGGUCAGCAAUCUGUACCGUCCGACGUCGGCGUCGAAUCUGUUUGCACCGCCCAGAAAUUCGGGCGGUCUCGUCGGAUAUUCGAGUAACGCGGCACGGGAGUCGACACAGGAUAUUCAUCGAGCGCUAAAUGACCUGGAACUCAACUCACCGCUCGCCAGAUCCACGCCGAAUGAGGAGUACCGUAUCCCGCCGCCUAGAGUACCUACAGUAACCUCCACCUCCUCCAACUAUGCCCCUCUUCAUUCUAUUCGACCGGCAAGCAUGUAUGGAUAUCAGAGCCCGAGCUCUUCUACUACAGUAAUCCCGGCUCCAAAAGGAGUGGCUUCUUCCUCUAAUAACACUUCUCCCCGAGUGAAUGUGACGUUGGGUGGAGCAUUGAGCUCAUCGAGAUCUCAUAAUAGUCUUUCACAGGAGCCAGCCAUUGUUAUCAGGCCUGUCGACCUGAAUAUGCCGAAAGCGACACCACCGGCGUCGAUUCGUGGAGCUGUGCCGACGGCGAUUACACAGGCUCUUCAACUUCAACCAAACGGCGGUGGAGCAGUACUUCGUCAGGUUCGGCCAGCAUCCGGGCUCCGCGAGCGACUUCAGGACGCUGAUGUUCGGAAUUUGGAGAAAACGAACACAGCACUGAUGAGCUAUGAAGCAGUGAAUGAGGAGCUCGAUCGACUCGACGCUAAGCAGAAUACGAUGACAAUUGACGAGCAACGGAGAUAUCGAGAGCUACUGAACGUUGUCGCCGAGCAGAGCCGAGCAAGGAAGCUGCUCUCGGAGAUCAGAUCACCACCUACAUCUUAUCAAGAACGUGAAAUUCCGAUUCAUGUGCAAAAAGAGCAGCAGCAGCACCGGCGGGAAACUGUGAUUGAUGAUAUUCCACACUCGAGCUCAAGUGUUGAGAAUGUGUCACCUGUGAGCCCGCCGGAAAGUCGAAAAGUUCAAUUUAUUGAUGAAGUUGUGCAGUAUCAGACGCCGACCAGCGGAGCCAAUCACGCUUUCUUUGAUGAUGUGCCGGUUUUGGAUUCGCCUGGGAUCGUCGGCACCAACGAAAUCUACCGUGAUCCCCGCCAACGUCGGCUCAACGAGCUCCAAGACCGCAAUCGCAGCUCGGAAAAUGGAGCGGCGGACGGCGCGAAGCUCGGCUUCCGCGACAAGCAGCGCCUAUUCGCACGGCAAAUCGGCGAGGACACGGCACCACGCCAACGAAUGAAUGAGAGCAGUGCUCAGCGGCUCAUUGAGACGGACAUUGCCGCCACCCCGCAAAAGCCAUAAUUCUUAUGUAUUUUUAAAGAAAAUUGUUUUUUCACAAAUUUUUGAACUCUCUUCCCUCCUAAUCGGUUAUUAUGUAUUUUAUGUUUUUUUUUCUUUGCUUCAAAAUAUUUGAAUAUUUCUCGCAUUUUCUCAUUUUCUUCUUCCUCUUUCACUAUAUUUUUUGUCUCAUAUAUUUUUACAUAUAUAUAUAUCUAUAUUUACAAAUUCCACGCCUCCUGCCUCCCCCCAUCACUCAACAAUUGGACCUAAAUUGUUUCAAACUCAACUAAAAAUUCAAAAAAUAAAAAUACUAGAAUAUUCUAUU